CAUCUAAUGGCGUCAAAAGAUUUUUUUUUUCUUUAUUUAUUGAGAUGGUCCUAGAAGACCUAAUAUCUUAUCACAGAGCACCGCGGAUAAGCACUUAAUUAGGAAGUUCAUGCGUCCUUCCUUACCAACUUUGCCAAAUAAUCGAUAAGAUAACUAUUAAAGGAAUGCGAGGCAUAUGUCUAAAAAAAUCGCUAACUUUAUCACGCAGUAGUUAACCUUUUCAUGUGGUAGUCAACUUUAACAGGUGGUAACUUUUUUUUCAUCCGAAAGUCAACUUUAACAGCGAAAUGUCAGAUGGAAAAAAAACUGCUGCCUCUAAAACCAAAUCUUCCUCUUUGAUCAGAAAUGAGAGUUGGAAAUAUAUACAAGAGUAUAUUAAUGUAUUAGUCAACAAUGAUGAAAACAACAAUGACAAAAGAAUCCAAGUUCUUCAACUUGAUGUGGCCAAUGAAAAAGUUCGAAAUCUUUUAAAAUUAGAUCAACCUAAACAGAUACUGGAUUAUUAUCAAAACACGAUUCUUAAUUUAGGAAUGAUUGUCCUGCGAUUUUCAAUAGAGGAAAAACGAAAGAAACUUAAGGAUAUUCUGCUAUGUUUAUCUUAUGCUUGGGAUUAUUUCUAUUCAAUUACCCUUCAUGAGAUAAUGGCAAUUUUUAUUCCUUUGGGAACCUCAGUUUUUGAAGUCAGAGACAUUACAUUACUUGCUUUCCGAGACUUAGUUUUGCUUAAAAUAGGAAUUGAACAAGUGCUUGAAAACGGGCAAAUCAUUUCACCACACCUAAGACAAAUGUUUUUAGUCUUAGCUGGCAUUCACGAAUCAAAACCUGCUAGCGAAAACUACAUGCGCUUAGAAGCAUUAGUCGUAAAAGUGAUUCGUCCAUAUAUCGGUGAAAAAGGAUAUUAUCCUCCCUUUGAAGAGGUAACAAAUAAAAACUCUUCGACUCGCGAUUCUCUUAAGAAAAAAAAAGAAAGAAAAAAACAAACUGAAACACCAGAUGGAAGUACGAAAGUUUCUCAAUUAACAAAUGAAAGUACGAAAGUUUCUCAAUUAACAAAUGAAAGUACGAAAGUUUCUCAAUUAACAAAUGAAAGUACGAAAGUUUCUCAAUUAACAAAUGAAUUCACUCUUAGUAUGACUAUAAGUGAGUCGACCGAUGAAAUGUCAGAAUAUAUUGGCGAGAGAAAUCGAAGAUGGCUAUGUAGAGAUGAAAUUCUUGAUUUAGAAUCUGUAAAAUAAUGCUUUUGAUCUAUUAUUUGACAACAAA